GGGAAACUUUCUGCUGCUCUUCCUGCGGCCACAAAGAGCGGUCCUAGUGCCCUCCACGUAUCCUAACCGCCGUUGAACAAACAAAAAAAGACGAACGACUAAGCCAACUUGGAAGUGGUCCAGAAUGUAGAAUGUAGUAUGGACCAUAGGACAGGACGAAGAAGUCCCGUUAAGAAGCUGUGGAGGCCUAAGAUGCUCUACUAGUCUGCUGGAAAUCCAAAGAAGACGAAGGAGUAAAAAGCAAAAUGGCGUUUGACAGAGAAGGCCUAAACGUGGCCACUGGCCAUUAUUGUUUCUCUAUUUGUAUUUAGUGCAUACAUGUACGCAUAUAUGUCGUGUAGUAGAUGAAACAUUGUUAGUCAUUGUUAGUAUCCGGAUACAUUAGUCUGAGCGCACUUUAUCGCGUCUUGUGCUAGUUAGCUUAGCUUGUUAGCUGCUAACACAGAGGCGCAGACGUUAUCAACACAUCGCUAAGUAGAGAUCAAAUGUGAGUGUAAAGUGUUGUGAUUGUGUGAAAAUGUGCGAAAGAACGAUUGCAAAGUAUGAGGAGGAACUUUGUCCAACAAAAGAGGAGAAGGAGCGACAACAUCAACUACCGGACGCUGUUUUCAAGAAACAUCAAAUUGUGUUACACAGAACAGACGUCCAGCAGCCACUCCACAUUAAAGAGGAAGAGGAGGAAGUGUGGAUCACUCAGGAGGAAGAGUGUCUUCUAGGGCAGGAGGAGGCUGAUCUCAGCAAGUUUCCACUGACUGUUGUCUCUGUGAAGACUGAAGAGCAUGAAGACAAACUACCUGAGUCCUCACAGCUUCAUCAUAGUCCAAAUGUCUGUGAAGAACAACUGCCUGAAAAACAGGAGUGUAGCUUUGGGAUGGUGAAGGAGGAUCCAUCAAAGAGGAAGACCAGGCGCCACGAACCUUCUGGCGUCUCCUUUUCCUCUUUGACACAGACCCUACCCUGUAAAAAGGAAGAGAAAAACUCACUGACCCCCCACAUUAAAGAGGAAGAGGAGAAACACAGCAUCAGUCAAGAGGGAGAUCAUCUUGAAGGACUGGUGGAGUUCCCAGUGACUGGUGUCCCUGUGAAGAAUGAAGAUGAUGAGGUCAAAGGUGAAGGUGAGGAGAGGGGAGGGGCGGAGCCUCCAAGCAGCAGCUCAACACAACACAUGACAACAGAAGCUGAUGGAGACCACUGUGGAGGAUCACAAGCAGACAAGCUCUUAGCUCCACUAUCAGAUAGUGAGGACACAACGUCACACUCUCCUGACACUGAUGAUGAAGACUCUAAAGAUGAUAAGACAUGUCACACUGACAACACUCACUUCAAAUGUUCUCUCUGUGACAAAACCUUUAAAUUACCUUGUUAUCUGAAAAGACACAUGAGAAUACACACUGGAGAAAAACCUUUUAUAUGUUCAAUCUGUGGUAAAAGUUUUACACACAGUCAACAUUUGAUAAGACACAUGAGAACACACACUGGAGAAAAACCUUUUUCCUGUUUAACCUGUGGUAAAGGUUUUACACACAGUCAUGAUUUGAAAGUACACAUUAGAACACACACUGGUGAAAAACCUUUUUCCUGUUCAAUCUGUAGUAAAGGUUUUACACAAAGUCAGACUUUGAAAAGACACAUGAGAACACACACUGGUGAAAAAUUACAUUCCUGUUCAAUCUGCAACAGAAGCUUUUGUCAACGAUCAACCCUUAGAACACACAUGCGAAGACACAAGUGUUGAGUUGCAGUGUGUGUGGUGAAAGUUUCUCUUUUAAGAAGCAGUGUAAGAAACACAAGUGUGCUGGUGAGAACAGCAGCAGCAAUUGAAACUGCAGGAUUUUAAAUAAGCUGUCAAUACUUUAACGGGGAACAUUAUCACCAGACCUUUGUAAGCGUCAAUAUGUACCUUGAUGUUGCAGAAAAAAAGACCAUAUGUUUUUUUAACCGAUUUCCGAACUCUAAAAGGGUGAAUUUGGCGAUUGAAACGCCUUUCAAUUGUUCUCUGUCGGAGCAAUGAGCUUUCACCUGUGACGUUACAAUGGGAAGCAAUCCGCCAUUUUCUCACACAUUACACACACCAACUCAAAUCAGCUCUGUUAUUUUCCGUUUUUUCGGCUGUUUUCCGUAUCUUGGAGACAUUAUGCCUCGUGGGUGUGUUGUCGGAGGGUGUAACAACACGAACAGGGACUGAUUCAAGUUAACUUGGAGUGUGCUAAUCAGACAUAUCAAUGGUCACGGCAUGUUAAUCAAUGCUAAAAUGCUAUUUAGGCUAGCUUUAUGUACAUAUUGCAUCAUUAUGCCUCAUUUGUAGCUAUAUUUGCAUACAGCCUUUCCUUCCACCCACACUUAAUGCCAAACAAACACAUACCAAUCGAUGGAUUCAAGUUGCACCGCACCGGAAUCAGAAAAGUUUUUAUUGCCAUUGUUUGAGAACGGGUUCACAAACUAGGAAUUUUACUUGGCGCAAUCGUGCAACAUAAAAGACGUAUAACACAGAAUAGAAUAACAUGAGCUGUAACUGAGCUACCAGAUCCUAUUAUUGUUCACGUGUCUGAUGGCCGACGGGAAAAAACUGUUUAGAUGGCGGGAGGUGUGGGUCUGGAUGGACCGUAGUCUCCUGCCUGAGGGAAGAGGAGAGAAUAUUUUGUGUCCAGGGUGAGAAGAGUCAGCUAUGAUCCGACCCACACGCCUCCUGGUCCUGGAAGAGAACAGGUCCUGGAGGGGUGGAAGUUUGCAGCCAAUCACCUUCUCAGCAGCAUGUAACAUGCGCUGCAAUCGAUGCUUGUUCCGGACUGUGGCGCCAGGGAACCACACGGUGAUGGAGGAGGUGAGGAUGGACUUGAUGAUGUCUGAGUAGAACAACACCAGCAUUUCAGUCGGCACUUUCAGUUUUUUCAGUUGCCGCAGGAAGUACAUCCUCUGCUGGGCCUUCUUGAUGAGGGACCUGAUGGUCGGCUCCCACUUGAGGUCCUGGGUGAUGGUGGUGCCCAGGAAACGGAUGGAGUCCACAAUGGAGACGGGGGUGGGAGAGUCAAUCAGGGUGAGGGUGGAUGGAGGGGCUGUGACUUUCCUUAAGUCCAUGAUCAUCUCCACUGUUUUCUGGGCGUUCAGCUCCAGGUUGUUGAGGCUGCACCAGGACUCCAGCCGGUCCACCUCUUUCCUGUAGGCGGACUCGUCGCCAUCCGAGAUGAGCCCGAUGAGAGUAGUGUCGUCCGCAAACUUGAGCAGCUUCACCUGGAGGUGCAGCAGUUUAUUUACAGGGAGAAGUGCCAGGGGGAAAGUACACAGCCCUGAGGAGUACCAGUGUUCGUGGUUCGACUGUCCGAGACGAUCUUCCCCAGCCGCACGUGCUGUCUUCUGUCCGUCAGGAAGUCAUUGAUCCACCUGCAGAGGGAGUCGGGUACGCUGAGCUGGUAGAGCUUGUCUCGUAGCAGUCCAGGAAGGAUGGUGUUGAAGGCAGAGCUGAAGUCCACAAACAGGAUCCUCGCGUAGGUUCCUGGGGAGUGCAGAUGCUCCAGGAUGAAGUGGAGGGCCAGGUUCACUGCAUCAUCCACAGACCUGUUGGCUCUGUAGGCGUACUGCAGUGGGUCCAGGAGGGGGGCGGUGAUGUCCUUGAGGUGGGGCAGGACCAAACGCUCAAAGGACUUCAUGACCACAGACCACAGACCCACCGGCCUGUAGUCAUUAAGUCCUGUGAUCCGAGCUUUCUUGGGGACAGGGACGAUGGUGGAGGUCUGGAAACAGGACGGCACACGGCAUAGCUCCAGAGAGGUGUUAAAAAUGUCAGUGAAGACAGGAGCCAGCUGAUCCGCACAGUGUCUCAAGGUGGAGGGGGAGACACCAUCAGGCCCGGGGGCCUUCCGCGUGUUUAGCUUCAAGAACUGCCGACGUACAUCCUCCUCUCGGAUGGAGAGGGCCUUUUUACAUGAGGUCCUGUGAUGUUCUUGGAGCUUUUUAAUGACCUUUAAGUCCUUUAAUGUAGUGGUGGAGUUGGUGGGGGGGGAGAUAUGGUGGGGAGAGUAGAGCGUUGAUGAGCUGAAGGCCGUUUGUGACAACAGUAAUGUGUGUUGAGGUCUUGAGCGAGAGUUUGGUCAAUCAGGGCCUGGGGGGCUUUGGGUUUAUAGUUCGUAAGGGCCCUUAAUCUUCUCCACACAACUGCAGAGUCAUUGGAGCGGAACUGUUCCUGUAGACGGUUAGAGUACACAGAUUUAGCUUUCUGCACUUCCCUGUUGAAGUGGUACUUCGUUUCUCUGUAGGUACUCCGGUCCCCGCUCCUCCACGCAGUGUCCUUUUUCUUGCGCAGUCGUCGGAGCUUGGGUGUGAACCAGGGCUUGUCGUUGUUAUAACAAGCCCUGGUGCGCAUUGGAAUGAUGCGCGCCUCAUUGAACUGUAUGUAUGAGGUCACAGUGUCCGUAUACUCGUCCAGAUUGUUUGUGGCUGGUCCAAUUGCCUCCCAGUCUGUCGUCUCCAAACAUGCACGCAGCUCAUCCACAGCUUCAGCAGUGAAACACUUAAUGGUCCUCAUAACAGGUUUAGCCAUUUUCAGUCUAUGCCUGUUUGAAGGGAUUAAGUGCACCAUCACGUGAUCUGAUAGUCCAAGGGAAGCACGUGGGACUGCAUGAUAUGCCUUGCUUACUGUGGUGUAACAGUGAUCCAAAAUGUUCUCGUCUCUGGUCGGGCAUUUAAUAAACUGCCUAUACCUGGGUAAUUACCUGGCUCAGAUUUCCCUUGUUGAAGUCACCAAGCACGAUAACAAUAGAGUCCAGAAAAGGCCGUUCCACGUGUAAGUUCUGGUCUGCAAGCGUGCGCUGAGCGUCAAGCACGUCCGUGCUGGGCGGUAUCUAGGCAGCCACCAGAAUGAAUGAAACAAUCUCACGCGGUGAGUAAAAGGGCUUACAGUGAAUGAAAAGAUAUUCCAGAGCAGGAGAGCAGUGUUGGGAUAUCACCGUCACGUCUGUACACCAUUUGCUGUUGAUAAAGAAGCAGACUCCACCGCCUCUUUUUUUGCCGCAGAGCCGCACAUCUCAGUCCGCGCGGAGAAAAUGACAGCCCUCCAGUUGAACCAGUGGUCAAAAGAUGCGAAAGUCCCUCGCACACUUUACCGACGAUAGCGAUGCUACGACAGAGAUGGCACAGAGAUGAGUGGAUAUCCUGUUAUGUAUGCUCCCUAGCUUGUACUGACUGGGCCAUUUUUGAUGGUACUCUGGAUGGCAGAGUCUCUGAGAACAUGGAGAGGGAAAAUCACAGGGAAAGCAGGAUCGAAUAUUACAGGAUUACAGUUUACUGAACGUCAGUAGAGAACUAAGUUCCCGCAAGGAUCCCUGGGUCCACUGGUGUCUUAAGCAGCUGCACGUCAUCAGUCACAGGUGUGUUCUGCGGCCGGCUGCGGCGGAGAGUGGGCGCGGUCCGCUUGAUGAGUGCGGGGAGCGUGUCUGGAAUGCGCUGUCAGCAGGCCCCCAGGUUGGACCCGCCGCGGAGGGAGACACAGAAUACGCAUGUCCCACAACAUUAUGCCUCAUUUGUAGCUAUAUUUGCAUCCAGCCUUUCUCUCCACCCACAUUUAAUGCCAAAAAAACACUUACCAAUCGACGGAUUAAAGUUGCACAAGUUGUCAAAAGAUGCAAUCGUUGGUUAGAAGGCGAUCGCUGAAUCCGUCCUCGUUGCCGCCGUCUGUCGUGAUUUGGCUCAAUAGCUUCAGUUUCUUCUUCAAUUUCGUUUUCGCUAUCUGCCUCCACACUCCAACCAUCCGUUUCAAUACAUGUGUAAUCUGUUGAAUCGCUUAAACCGCUGAAGUCCGAGUCUGAAUCCGAGCUAAUGCCGCUAUAUCCUUCUGUUCUAUCCGCCAUGUUUGUUUGUAUUGGCAUCACGCAGUGAGGUCACAGGAAAAUGGACUGGUGGAUAUAUCGAUCGUGAAAAUGAGGCACUUUGAAGCUUUUUUUCGGGAUAUUGGGUGAUGGGUAAAAUUUUGAAAAAAACUUCUCAAAAUAAAAUAGGCCACUGGGAACUGAUUUUUAUUGGUUUUAACCCUUCUGAAAUUGUGAUAAUGUUCCCCUUUAAUUUUGACUUUCUAACAACAUCAGCACAUAUAUAUAAAACGUGUGUCAUUGUUGUUUGUGUAAGAGUCUUUUUAAUAUGCUCGUACAUUUAUAGAUUACAUAGUUUGAAAUCUGAAAGUACUACAUAUUUGUAUUUCUUAUUGUUAAUAAUCCCAUAGAUUAGCACCUUUAUAUGAUAUACAUAUUUACUGGUUCACAUCUGAAACAUCUUCUGGACCACUUCAGGAAGCAUAUUAUUAUUUACUUUAUACAUCAUUUGAACAGUUGUCUUUUAUACAAUUUUAAAAUGUGUGACUUUAUGAAUCAUUUGUUGGGUCUCUAUAAUCUAUUUUAUUAAUUAUCGUUAUUACUUUGUAUUAUGAUGAUUGUGUUGUGAUUUUUUUUUUUUAUGUAUGUCCCCGGACCUGUAUGCAAUAUAAAUGUGAGAGAAAAUGGCAGAUUAUUUUUUAUGGAAGGACGGUUUUGUUUUUACAAACUUACAUUUGUGGAUAUAUAAAAUGAAUCUAGUAUUGUGUUUUCGACAUUUUUUCUGUUUUUUUUUUCCUUUUUUAACAUCCCCAAAACACCAUCAAUAUCAGUCAAAGUUUGGAGUGUCAGGCAAAAGCCAAUAUUGUACAUCAUCUCACAGAGAUUUACUUUGCAUACAUUCUUAAAAUAAACUGUUUAUUUUGUUUCCCUA